CCUUGGAUUCAAUCAGCGCUGAGGCUACUGUGCACGUCUUUCCCCUUCUACCUACCCUUUUAGAAAGCGUUUCUGGAAGUCGGGCCAUAGCCAUAUGAGAAAAGCACUUGAUCGUUGAAAUCCUUCCAGAAUCCAGGCCUCAAAUAGAGAUUCCAGGGAUCCUCGCAUUCCAAACCCAUGUUUUGAUCUCGCGGGGAGGAGGCGCAAAGAGACAGAAAGAGACAGUCGCACUACGUACACCGGGAGGGCAGCCUUCCGAAAGAAGCUUCACGCUAGGGUUUAAAAGGAUAGGCCUAGGUGUCCUGUCUCGCGCCAAAACCUCAGCACUUUGCGAAAAAGAAGCACCUUCAGCAUCGUUCAUCGCAGCUCUUGUAGCUCCGAAAGCCUUUGCAUACCCCACAUACCCCACAAUACCAUCUGUGAGCCCCCGUACCGACUCAUGCGCGUCUCUGGCAUUCCCGCGAUUUGGCUCGCCAUUUUAUGUGCAGCAGGAAUCGCGGUUGCCCAAAGCAUACAGCAGACCCCCACCACCGCACGGCUCUUCAAGAGCUCGGCGGAUCUGCGGAUCACCGUAGUAGGCCACGGAUACAACUCUGGCAAAUAUACCGACUUCUGGCCGACGCUGUGGCGAGGAAUCAAUGCGGCGUCCAACUUGCUGGGGGUUACGAUCUGGGCCCCGCUGUACGAUACUGCGUCCACAACCGGCACAGGUUAUGGGAUCCAAGAAUGGGCUGAAGCAGUCGCCAAUAAGACGGACGGACUGGUUACGACCUUGAAUGAUGCAGCAUCCCAGCUGACGCCCAUAAAGAGCAAUCUCUUGGCAGCGCCCAACAUGCCCCUGCUGCUAUACAACAGCGGCGUCAAUUACUCGUCGGUUCUAAACUCUUUCGCAUACGUCGGACAAGUGGAUUGGCAGGCAGGAUUCAUGGUUGGGAAGGAGCUUAUCAAGCGCGGUGGGACCCGGCUGGUGUGUGUCUUCAGAACCCUCGGUCGAGUCGACUUCCAAGACCGAUGUGCAGGAGCGGUCGCUGCCUUCAAUCUAGCGUUCGGUCGCAACGACGUUUACAGCAGCGCCACUUCCAACCAGUUCAACUAUCUGAUGGGUACUACGGAAAACAUCCCUAUUCUGAAUCUCAUGGACACUUUCCAGUCGUACCUCACGAGCAACCCAACCAUCGACACGAUUUUGUCCACCCAACAACAAGUCGUACGCGCCGCCGUAGGCGCUGCCGGAAACACGACGGCAAUAGCCCCAUCCAGGAAGUUCGUGCAAGGCGUGGUUGAUUACAAUGCCGAUGUGGCGCCUCUGGUCGAUGUGGCAGCGCAUCAGCAGACUUGGUUACAAGGCUUCGUACCAUCAAUCUACAUGUAUCUGAAGUUGAUGGUAAAUGAGACCAUUUCGGGACCGGUGGUGUCUUCAGGUCCCCUUCUCAUUACCAGCGACACAAAAGCGGCGGGCCAGGCAGCAGUCGAUCUCGAGAAACUCGAUGUCGUUCCAUCCAAUAGCACAUCCGUCGUCUACUUCAAUCAUUUCUUUGGGCUAGAUGUCCUCGGCCAACAAGGCCUCGGCGUCCAAGACGCCAUGAAGAUGUGGAGCAUGACCUUCCAGAACAAAUACAUCAGCACGCCGUACAGUCUCGCAGACUGGAAGACCAAGCUCGAUUCCCAGCUGGCGCCAUGCGCGAGCGCCGGUGCAACAGGAUGCCCGGCAGGGAUUCUCACAACCGACCCCGGCGACGAUUGGUUGAACUACGCCACGAUGCGUGCAGCUCUUUACAACAUUUCCGUAGCAAUCAUCGGCACCCGAGGCGCGUCGGCCAAUACCCGUUUGAACGCACUGUAUGUUGGUUCGGACGACUAUCAAAUCGGAUGGGACGCCGCCCAAGCAAUGCUAUCGCGCGGGGUCACCAAACCCAUCUGCAUGACCAUCGACGAUUUAACGACAGCCACCACGCAAGCGCGUUGCCAGGGAAUGGCUGCUGCCUUCACUGCAUCAGGCGCGGCCGGCAUCACUGUGGCCUCCUCGUACAUCCGGGUGGAUGCUUACAAUACGCCCACCGGUGUUCUCGUGAUUCAGGGAGUUUUCAAGCAGAGCGGCGGCGCUCCCGACGGCUACUUCUGCACGAACGAGCUGAUCUGCACGGCUCUGGUUCAGGCGCUUCCUGGUUCCGGGGUGUCCCCCAAAGCUGUGAUAUCAGCCGGUAUCAGCAAGGAAGUUGCCGUCGCUAUGGGACAGGGUGUCGUGACCGAGUACGUGGAUGUUUCGCCAUAUGCAGCGGGCUUUCUGGCGAUCACCAACCUCGGUAUGAAGAUCAAGCUCAAUGCAGGCUUGAUUGGGAACUCUGUGACAGUCGGCGGCAGCGUCCGAAACUGGGUGUGCCCACCUGGCUACUCCAUCAACUCCGCUUCGACCGCCAAACCUUACAAGCCCACUGCAUCCGGUUUGACCGGAUACGGUGACUUCUGCGUCCCCUGUACAUCGGGAACAUACACCGCAGCAGCCAAUGCCCUCGCCUGCGGUACCUGUCCGUUCGGGACCUUCACCACCAAAACCGGCACGACCAAGUGCGCGACCUGUGUGCAAGGCGACAACGGCGCCGAUCAAGCUGUCUGUCAGGCCUACUUCCUGUCGCUGGAGCAGAAGCCCCAAGGCACCGCCGGCCUGGCGGCGCUGGCCGCUGUUUCGAUGCUGGGCGAGAUAGGGUUCGGUGUAGCGUUGAUGGCGUUGCAGCGGUUCCCAAUCAUCAGGGCGGCGACGCCGGCGUUGUCCAUUCUGAUCACCGUUGGUGCGAAUCUCGGGUGCUUGUCCGUCAUCGUCCUGCAGUUUGGCUUGUCGAAGGCGACUUGCUCCGCACAUCUGUGGCUGCUUUGCACAGGUUUCUCGCUUAUCGUCACGCCGGCCGUUGUCAAGAACUACCGUCUUUACAAGAUCUUCUUCAACCCCAAGCUGCGCGGAAACGCCCUAAGCAUGGGAACAAUGUUGACUUAUGUUGGCGGUGUCGUCGUCGGCGAAUGGAUACUCCUUGCAUUGUGGAUGGGAAUCGAUGCUCCCUCGCCCAAGAAACUGCAGGACUCCACCGGCGCCUUUUCCGUUUGCUCGUCACAAAAGAUAUCAGUGCAGACAGGCUUCUCGAUUGCGCUGAUCAUGUACAAUGCGCUACUGCUGAUCGCCGCAGUCAUUGUUGCCACCUUGACCAAGAAUAUCAAGGACAAACAGUUCUCCGAGUCUUUCUACGUUAUCUUCUCAUCCGCCGGAAUGUUCUUCUGCGGAAUCAUCGCCAUUGCCGCCGGCUUCAUGCCCAACAUCGACCUCAUUGCUCGUUGGUCAAUCGUACACCUGUGCAUCAUUGUCGGGUCGCUGAUAACACCCGCAAUCCUGUUCGGCUCGCGCAUCAAGUCCGCUAUUUUCGAGAAAGUAUCUGAGGACAAUGCUGGGAUCGACGUCAAGAAGCCGCUUAUAUUUGCAAAGGGGAAGACCAACUCGGUGCAUGUUGGUGUGGCAGCCGCGAUGCUGGAAGGCAACGUCCUCACGCGAUGGGUGGGUGUGACGGCGUCGCUGCUGAUGCCCUCACCCAUACCCGGCGUCGUCUUCCUAAUCAUCAGCAAAGAUCCGGAACAUCCAGAGAAAGGCGACUACUACCUGCUAGGCAGAGACGGGUACAUGCUCGAUCCUAAAGCUGAAGACGCGGAGAAUCUCGUUCUCGUCAAGGGCAAAGCUGAGAAAACCCGUCUAGUCCUCCAGCUACCCGGUGAAGGUCAACUACCCGCUUGGUGCGAGGCUAUCAGUCGGGCUACAGGCGGGGGAGCAACAAACAAUCCGACUCUGUCGGGUUCAGGUGGGACGGCAAAUGUCGUGAACGGGGUUGUGGGCAAAUCUACGGUCGGACGGACGAAGCGGGAGCAUAGUAUUCGGGAAACGACUAAUUUGGAUGGUGACGAGCAGGUUUGAGGUAGAUCGGGAGAGGGGAGACAUGAGUUGUUGUGACGGUGACGGACACACGAAAACUGAUAGCAGGAGGAGUAGUUGUGAAAUUUGGGAAACAUUAACAAAGCUUCGUAGUAGUUUCUGUACUGAGUCGAACAGGAAGUAGACACUGUAUUGAAUGGAGUUCUCGUUGACCUAGACGCCCUG